AUGAAAUCUUGCAUUAAACUUGGGAAGUCUUCUACAGAGAUAUUGAACAUACUUCGGCAAGGUUACAACGACGAGACAAUAUCUCGUACGCAAUGUUUCAAGUUGCAUGGGCCCUUCAAAAGCGGAAGAACAUCCCUGGAAGAGGAUGAGUCAUCUGUACGACGAGCCACGAGCGUCAUCCCCGGAAAUGUUGAGAAAAUCCAUCGGCUUGUGCAUGAAGAUUGUCGGAGGACAAUCAACGGUAUUGGUGAUGUUGUUGGUCUGUCAUGUGGGCCCAUGCAGGCAAUCCUAACGUCUGGAUUCGUCACGAUGACAAUGCGACCUGUCACUGAUCUCUCCUCACUCACGAGUUUCUUGCCAAGAAUAUGGUAUCGCUUCCGAACCCGCCCUAUUCGCCAGAUUUAG